AUGAGCGCACCGCCCCUGGCGCCCCCCUUGCAUACACCUGCUGCAGGUGCUGCUAGCCAGGGCAGCGUGCCCCUUUGGACGCAGCCUGCCGCGCAGGAGUCGAUGGGCUCCCAGCACUCACAAGGAGAUGGGGACGGUUGGGAACGAGCCCCGCUUGCUCAGCAGUGGCAACAAGAGCAGGCCGGGGGUUGGCGUGAUCUUCCCUUUCAGCAGCAGCAGCAACAGCAGCAGCAGCAGUAUUAUGGCCGCAGCAUGUACAGUGGCGGCCGCGGCGGCGGAUGCGGCGCGAGUUUCGCUGGCGGCGGCGGCGGCCCUGGCCGAGGCGCGCCGUGGGGCGCCUUCGCUGCGGCCCGCGGCGGCGGCGGGCGCUGGGGCUACGGCGCGCCGCCGCCAGGCAGGGGCUACUAUGGGGGCGGCGCCGGCGGAGGAGGAUACCAGCAGGGGCCCCCAAACCGCAACGUAACGUGCUAUGCGUGUGGCAACGUUGGUCACCUCUCGCGCGACUGCCCUGACGCCUCGGCCGGCGGGCCGCGGGGCUACAACGGCAGCAGUGGCCGCAACGGCAGCGGUCUCAACGGCGGCGGCAACUUCAAUGGGGGCGGCUUCAACGGCGGCGGACGCGGCGCCGCGGGCAGCGGCGGCGGCCGCUUCGCACGGGGCGGCAGCCCGCAGCGAAACGGCAGGGGCGGCGGCAACGGCGGUCCGCCGCAGUGGCAGCGCGAGGGCGGGGGCUGGCUGGUCCCGCUGCCCGACAGCACAGAGCACGCCGUGCUCGCGGCUGCAAAGGCGCGGCAGUCCGGGCCUCGGACUGUCUGGGUCAUGCGAGGACUGCCUGGCUCUGGCAAGUCCACGCGCGCGGCCGAGAUCGCCGCCGCCGCCGCCGCCGAGGCCGCGGCCGGCCCCACGGGAGAUGCGCACCAAGGAGACAAAGGCGGCCGCGGCGCUGGCGCCGCCGGCAAGGUGUGGGCGAUCCACAGCACUGACUCGUAUUUCGUGGAGGAGGGGUCUGGGCAGUACGUGUUUGACCCGUCACGGCUGUCGGAGCACCACGAGGCAAACUACUCGGCGUUCGAGGGGUCACUGGCGGCGGGGGUGGCGUGCGUCAUCGUUGAUAACACAAACCUGCAGACGUGGCAGUUUGGGCGCUACGUCACCGCGGCAUGGCGCGCCGGCUACGCUGUCAGGGAGGAGGUGGUGGGGGCGUUCGACAGCGAAUCCGCGGCGACCUACGCCGCGCGCUGCACCCACGCGGUGCCGCUCGAGAGGAUCCUGCUCAUGGCGCAGCAGUGGCACCGGGGGUGA